UGAAAAAAGUUUAAAAGUUUUAAUUAAUUUUUUAAAUUUAUGUUUUUUUUUGUUGAGCGCAGAGAAAAGCAGCUCCUUCUUCUCCACACGCCUUGGAUGGACGGCUUUGUAUUUUCAUCUCUUUCCUCAGUUUUCUCAGAAACCAAACAUCCUUGUUAUUUGAUAGACGAGACUCUUCCUGAACAGCUUUUGAUUUUUUCUGAAUGCUCGCCAUGCCCAGCCUUCGUUCUGCAAGAUCUUGCUCCGUGAAAUCUUUGUUCUUACUUGAUAAUCCUCUUGGCUAUGGUUUGUGAGCUGCUCUUGCCGCCUCAUCAAUUUUCUUCCAGAAAUUGAUAAGUUCUUAGUCUGCUUUGUGGUGGAAAUCUGAACUCUUUCCGGCCUUUUCUGCGGUCAGUAGAUCGGUUUUAAGGGUGGUCGGAGAUAUUAGCUUAAAAAGAGGCGGAACGUGUCCAUGAAGGCUGAGUCAGGAGCACUGAGGAGUAAGUUGGCGCCGGUAACCAUUCUUGGCGGUGGUAAAACUCUUGAGGAAAAAGUCUCAGACAUCCAGGGUCCCACCUGCCAUCCAAUCUAUCAAAUCAAUGCCGUCUGAGUUCAAGUUAACAGGUAAUCCAACCUCUCAUCUUCUGGGAAAAAGUCCAAAUGUUAAAAUGGGAAGCACUGACGUAAUAGCAUCGCAUAGUCCUGAAAAUGGUGCUAUAGAUAGGAAGGUUUCUGAGGAACUUCAGGAUUGUGCCGGUGACAUGGAUUUCAUCAACGAGGACUCGCCAUAUGGUGAAAAGAAUACAUCACUAGAAAGUAGGCACUCUAGUGGUGAUGAAGAAGUCGAUCCUAUACCUCUGCCCCUUUCUUCAAUCUCAAAAUCUUUCUGGGAACGCAGGUGGAGUGAUACAACACCUUAUGCUUCAAAAAUGAAUGCUAAAAGUGAAAAUGAGCUGAUGGGAAACUAUGUAGUGUUAAGUUCCUUGCCUUCAACAGUAGGAACAGGAUUUAGUAAAACCAACAAGCUUCAGUCAUGGUAUCAACUUCCAAAUGGAAAUUGGGAGUUGGGGAAGAUAAUAUCAACUUCCGGAGCUGAAUCUGUUAUUUCACUGCCUAAUGGGAAGGUUUUAAAGGUGAAAGGUGAAAGUUUGGUCCCAGCAAAUCCUGAUAUUCUUGAUGGAGUGGAUGAUCUGAUGCAGCUUAGUUAUUUAAAUGAACCUUCGGUUUUAUACAAUUUGCAACAUAGAUACAAUCAAAAUAGUAUUUAUACGAAAGCUGGGCCAAUUUUGGUUGCUGUAAAUCCCUUUAAGAAAGUUCUUUUGUAUGGAAAUGAUUAUAUUGAAGCAUACAAGCGUAAAACAAGUGAAAGCCCUCAUGUAUAUGCCAUUACAGACACAGCUAUUCAGGAAAUGAUACGAGAUGAAGUAAAUCAAUCCAUUAUUAUAAGUGGUGAAAGUGGAGCUGGAAAAACUGAGACAGCAAAGAUAGCAAUGCAGUACUUGGCUGCUCUGGGUGGUGGAAGUGGAAUAGAGUAUGAGAUAUUGAAGACUAAUCCAAUACUAGAAGCCUUUGGUAAUGCAAAGACAUUGAGAAAUGACAACUCAAGUCGUUUUGGAAAGCUCAUUGAGAUACACUUUAGUGAGACUGGACAGAUAUCGGGUGCUAUCAUUCAAACAUUUUUGUUGGAAAAGUCUAGAGUAGUCCAAUGCAAUGAAGGAGAAAGGUCAUAUCAUAUAUUUUAUCAGCUAUGUGCUGGAGCACCACCUUCUCUAAGGGAGAAGUUGAAUCUACAGAGUGCAGAAGACUAUAAAUAUCUCAGGCAGAGCAAUUGCUAUAUGAUAUUUGGUGUUAAUGAUGCAGAGGAAUUUAGCAUAGUCAUGGAAGCUUUGGAUGUUGUCCACAUCAGCAAAGAAGACCAGGAGGAUGUAUUUGCAAUGCUUGCUGCAGUGCUAUGGCUGGGAAACAUAUCUUUUACUGUAAUUGAUAAUGAAAACCAUGUUCAACCUGUAGAAGAUGAGGCUCUGUUCAACGUUGCCAAAUUGAUAGGCUGUGACAUUGGAAAUCUUAAGUUGACUUUAUCAACUCGCAACAUGAAAGUUGGUAAUGAUAACAUUGUUCAAAAGUUGAAGCUAUCACAGGCCAUUGAUGCUAGAGAUGCUUUGGCAAAGUCAAUAUAUGCUUGCCUGUUUGAUUGGUUGGUGGAGCAAAUAAACAAAUCACUUGCUGUUGGCAAAAGGCGUACAGGCAGAUCUAUCAGUAUUCUAGAUAUAUAUGGGUUUGAAUCAUUUGAUAGGAAUAGUUUUGAGCAGUUCUGUAUCAAUUAUGCAAACGAGAGAUUGCAGCAACAUUUCAAUCGUCAUUUAUUCAAGUUAGAACAGGAGGAAUACAUACAAGAUGGCAUUGAUUGGGCAAAAGUUGAAUUUGAAGAUAACCAAGACUGCCUCAAUCUUUUUGAAAAGAAACCACUGGGAUUACUAUCUCUGUUAGAUGAAGAGUCCACUUUCCCUAAUGGCACAGAUCUGACAUUUGCUAACAAGCUUAAGCAGCAUUUGAAUUCUAAUUCAUGUUUCAGAGGAGAGCGAGGCAAGGCUUUUACUGUGUGCCACUAUGCUGGGGAGGUCAUGUACGACACAACUGGAUUUCUGGAAAAAAACAGGGACCUAUUGCACUUGGAUUCCAUUCAACUUCUAUCGUCAUGCAGGUGUCAUCUUCCUCAGAUAUUUGCAUCCUUUAUGCUUACCCAGUCUGAGAAGCCUGUUGUUGGUCCCUUACACAAGUUAGGUGGAGCUGAUUCUCAAAAGCUAAGUGUUGCAACAAAGUUCAAGGGUCAACUGUUCCAAUUGAUGCAAAGGUUGGAGGGCACUACCCCACAUUUUAUUCGCUGUAUUAAGCCCAAUAACCUCCAGUCUCCAGGAUUAUAUGAACAAGGUCUUGUGCUACAGCAGCUAAAAUGUUGUGGAGUGCUAGAAGUGGUUCGAAUAUCAAGAUCAGGCUUCCCUACUAGAAUGUCUCACCAAAAGUUUGCCAGAAGAUACGGUUUUCUUCUCCUUGAGAAUGUUGCAUCUCAGGAUCCACUUGGUGUUUCAGUUGCAAUUCUUCAUCAGUUUAAUAUUUUGCCUGAUAUGUAUCAAGUUGGCUACACAAAAUUAUUUUUCCGAACAGGCCAGAUUGGAAUACUUGAAGAUACCAGAAAUCGUACCCUUCAUGGCAUUUUACGUGUCCAAAGUUUCUUCAGGGGUCACCAAACUCGGUGUUACCUGAAGGAACUUCGCAGAGGAAUCAUUACUCUUCAGUCUUUUAUUAGGGGGGAGAACAUCAGAAACGAAUUUGCAGCUUCACUUCGGAGACAUAGAGCUGCUGUCCUUAUACAAAAGCGGAUGAAAGCAAUAUUUGUAAGAAACAGAACGAAGAAUACUAAUGAAGCUGCAAUUGUUAUACAAUCGAUCAUUCGUGGCUGGUUAGUCAGAAGAUGCUCAGGAGAUUUAGGAUCAUUGAAAUCUGAAGGCGUGAAGACAAAUGAAUCGGAUGAGGUACUGGUCAAGUCUUCUUUCUUAGCUGAAUUACAGCGUCGGGUGCUCAAGGCAGAAGCUGCACUGAGGGACAAAGAAGAGGAGAAUGACAUCCUCCACCAACGUCUCCAACAGUAUGAAAGCCGUUGGUCUGAGUAUGAAUUGAAGAUGAAGUCCAUGGAAGAAGUGUGGCAAAAACAAAUGAGAUCCCUACAGUCCAGCCUCUCCAUUGCAAAGAAGAGCCUUGCAAUUGAUGAUUCAGAAAGGAACUCAGAUGCAUCCGUCAAUGCAAGUGAUGAAAGAGAUUACAGCUGGGAUAUAGGAAAUAACCAUGGACGCCAAGAAAGCAAUGGAACAAGGUCAAUGAGCGCAGGCUUGAGUGUUAUAAGUCGGUUGGCUGAAGAAUUUGAGCAGCGGAGUCAAGUAUUUGGUGAUGAUGCCAAGUUCUUGGUGGAGGUAAAAUCUGGUCAAGUUGAAGCAAGUUUAAAUCCAGACCAGGAGCUCAGAAGGUUGAAGCAGAUGUUUGAAGCUUGGAAAAAGGAUUAUGGUGCAAGACUACGUGAAACCAAGGUCAUUUUACAUAAGCUUGGAACUGAAGAAGGUGCACUUGACAAAGUGAAGAGGAAAUGGUGGGGAAGAAGGAACAGUUCAAGGAUAAAUUGACUUUUUUUUUUUUUGGUGUCCUUUUCUUUUUCCUUUGGCGGACAGAUUCUCAUUUUUGGGUGGGAAAUCACAAUCGUUUAGGGCGUCGUCAGCGACUAUAUGUAACAUAGGAAAAGAAUACAAUAGGAAAAGUAAAAUAGGAGCCAUAGGAGAUUAGGAGUAAUGAACUUAUAUCUGAAAAUGGGUUAGCUGCUGCUAGACCCUCUUAUUUAUGAGAUUUUUCUUCCAGGCAUCAUAAUCAUAGAAGAUAUUUGUGCUA